GUAAAAGCAGCUCCUGCUUUGUAGAUAGAUUGGUGGACACAUACAGUUACCUUCGAGACUAAUAAACUCCUGUCGUGAUCCAAUCAUCAGAAGUCGAACUUAUUCUCUCAUCUGCUGCUCACGACCUACAAGCUAGAAGUAAAGAUUUGAACAAGUCAAUUCUUUUUGUCAAUAUUAAAGACGCAACCAACAACAUUCAAGAGAUUCACAGACACCAUGGUCGACCGUGCUUUUUCGAAGGAGGAAAAGGAUUUCUUCUUUUCCCUCGCCCGGAAUUUCACACUAGGUUGGCUCACGACCUCCGUUGCGGGGUGGUACGGCUGGCAGCAAUUAGCGAAACGAAAACUGCAGAUCCGCACUUCUUUCCGGGUGGUUGGGCACCUUGCGGUCCCGUUUUUGGCGAGCCAGCUGACGGCAGUGGUGCUGCUCAGGGAUGAGGUAGGAAGGAAAAUGAGCAGGUUGUUGUGCUGGAUGGAUCCUGAUCACGACAUUGAACAAAAGCUGAUACUACUUAAUAUGCAGCGCCAGGCGGUUGGAAGAAGUAUUUGAGAGAGAGGGAAGCAAGUUGUAGCCUGUCAUGCGGUAAUAUUAGCAUCAACGUCAAGAUGAUGAACGAUCGUACUUUAUAUAUCAAUAUAAAAAAAUGAAAAUCUAUCAGGCCACCCAGCGGCGCGUGCAAGAGAUGGCGCAGCGUGGGGAAGAGAUGGUUGAGGAGCUUCGCGCAGAGAGGGAGCAGAAGAGACGGAAAGCACCCCAGGACUUCAACUCCAUAAUCAAAUCCACCAACGCAGAUUUUGUCAACUCUCUAGCAGCAAGCAGUGGCUUAGACAGUAGCGGAUCUUCUGUUGCUGGGGGCGCAGCUUUCGACGCGUUACCAAGUGCAAGCGGUAGCAUGCUCAGUACCUCCAGUGCGCUGCGGAAUAUGGCGAGUCUGAACGCCGGGGGCGCGGCGCCAGCACUGGGGGUCGUGAACCAACAUCUGGGCAGCAGCAGCUUAAUACCGUCUAGUUCUAUGGGCGGCGGAACUUCCUCUACAGGAGAAGGAUUUUACCAGUCGGAUCUAUUCUACUCCGGAGCGGGUGGUGCUUCUGCACAUGAUCGGCGGUACGAACCAGCCUCGGGGAGCAGUGCGGCCGACGUGUUCAACAGUUCAUCUAGUACUCCACCUAGGACGACAAAAGUAGAUGAUGUUGACCACAGUCAUGCAGCAGGGGGAUCAUAUAGUGAUCCAGAUCCUGCGGUAAUAUCUUGUUCGAGUACAACAAGUAGUCCAGAUGGUGAAACUUCUACACAGAUGUACAUGUCCUCGAGAAGAAGUAGCAGUGUCGGUCACCAGACUGUUCCUCCGGACAACGAUCAGUGGCCGCCGGUGGAGGUCGGAGUUCAAUUUGACGACGCAACAUCAAUGCCUUUUACUUCAUCACACAGCACGGCCACUGCUGAGCCGAAGUUUUUUUGAACAAUCCGAUGAAGUCGAAUAGCUGCAUGAUAGAAGGAGGGGAUCUUUCUAAGUAAUUUUGAUUUACUUACUUCAGUUUUACGUCAGGAAGGAAGAGAAGCUUCGCCUUCUGCUCGUCCACCUCCGGGCAAAACAAUACCUCUGUGAAAAACAGCAGCAACAUGUUUCCUGAAGAUGGCACUCUACAAGUAGUAGAGGACGUGGACCAUGAUCCUCCUAGCUACUUACUUACUUGUUUGUUCCCCAUUCAGAAGUGUGUAAACCUUUCGUGGUGCCUGCGACCGGGC